AUGUCGCCCUCAAACCCCAUCACCUCCAUCAUCCUCUCCCUCCUCGUGGCGGCUGCCCAACUCACCGCCGGCAGCCCUAUUUCCUCGCCAACUCAACUCGACAAGCAAACCCGCUCCUCUCACAACACCCAUGACCGUAGCGGAGGCACCCCCGACCUGUCUUGCCUCACCCUGCCCACCAUCCCCGGCGCUGCAACGCCUCUGCCCACGCCGCCGGCCGGCUACAAGCUCAAGCACAUAGCCUUGGGCGUGGGAACGCAAAACUACACGUGCGGCAGCUCCUCUGAAGCCGUGGCCGUGCCCUCGUCGGCCGGCGCCCUCGCCUCGCUCUGGGACAUCGGGCCCUUCCUCUCGUCGCCGCUGGGCCGCCUCUUCGAGAACGCGCUGCCGCCGCUGGCGCUGGCCAUGUACGGCGCCCUGGCCUCGGUCGAGGGCGAGUCGUGGUGGGACGCCGUCAUCGCCCAGAUGCCCUGGAACCCCACAACAUCCUCCUCGACCACCAACGCCAACACGCUCCCCUCGACCGCCUUCGGCGAGCACUUCUUCUCCUUCGCCGGCACCCCGACCUGGGACCUGCUCCCGCCGCUCACCAUGUACCCUGACGAGGCCGCCAGCAUCGUCUUCCAGGGCAAGAAGGAGGCCAGCCUCGCCGCCCCGCUCGACGCCUGCCCCGGCCUCGACGGCGAGGGCGCCGUGCCCUGGCUGUACCUGACCAAGGCCUCGACCACCGACGACGGCAUCGCCGCCGUCUACAGGGUCGUCACUGCCGGCGGCAUGCAACCCGACACGUGCGAGGGCAUUGAGGAGCAGGAGAUCGAGGUUAAGUAUGCCGCCGAGUAUUGGUUCUACGGCCCCUGA